GCAAGGUCGAGUCUAUUUCGUCUCCCCUACAACAAAACCCUAAUUCUCAAUUUCCCCCUCCUUUUUCUCCGGGGUAAUCGCCCGAUCCGAUCCGACGCCGUCCACCUCCUCCUCCGCCGCCGCCACCGCCUCUCGCGGCCGCCGCCGCCGCGCUUCGUCUAGGGUUUCGAUGCUUGCAGUGGCACUUUACAUUUUAUCUACUAGAUGGCUACUUCCUCUCCUGUCUCUAGUAGCAAAGGCGGCGACUCCAUCGGGAGUACUGCUGCUAUAAAUGGCAAUACAACACCGCAACGUACUACUGUCAUUGAUACACCGAGGCCAAAUCUUCGUGGCCUUAAUAAGCCUAAGUGUAUCAAGUGCGGAAAUGUUGCUCGCUCAAGGUGCCCAUUUCAGAGUUGUAAGAGUUGCUGCUUCAAAGCUCAGAAUCCAUGCCAUAUUCAUGUUUUGAAGCAAAGCAGUAUUUUACCCGACAAGCCACCUCCAUCUAGAUCUCCUUCGAUCGAGCAACCCUCAAUUGAUAUACCUUCUACUGGCUCUGCUUGGAGGUUGAACGCACUCAAACAACUUCCACACAAUUUCUUGAAUGCACUUCGAGCGAAGAAACCUCUUAACAAAAAGGAUGUUGCGAAUAUAAACAAGUGGAAGUUUGCAAAACUAAGGGAGUACAUUGAAGGUAAUAUCGAAGCAGAAAAUGAAGCAUUUGAGAGGUACUUGCAGAAUGUGGCUCUACUUGAGGAAAUAUUUGUCAUCCCAGAUGAGCUCAAAGAAGAAAAUCGGGCCGCAGCUGAAAGCACUUCAGAAGACAAGAUGCAGAGAUUGGUAUCUGAGAUAAAAAUAAAGCUAAAGUCUAACUCUGACAAGGAAGAGAGCUUUAGAGAGAGAAUAAGGAACAUCUUGGAUCAAAAACUGGAGAAGUUGCGCGAAAAAGAGCGAAGCAAUGAAGAGGGUGCACUCUCAGAUGACCUAGCAAGCAUUAAAAAACGCGGCGAGAGGACUGCAGCACUGAACGAUCUAAUCGAUAAGAUGAAUAGAGCGCGAGGCGAGGAAGAUUUGAUAUCUUGCUUGGAAAUGAGGUCUCAGCUGUUCAGAGACUCGGCUAGUAAUGCAACGGAAAAAUGUGAGGAAUUGAACGUCGGGGACUCUUCGGCAUGUAAAGAAGAAGCAGAGACUACUAACUCUUUCUCUUAUUCUCUUCCUUUUGUAUGUAUUGCUGUUGAUGUUGAUCAGAGGAUGCUGUCGGAUAUUGAUGCAGAGUUUGCGUCUCUCAGUCGGAUAGUCGAAUUGUGACUUGCGAAACGAUUCCGCUACUGUCACGAUAUUGUUGUUUAUUAGACUAACUAAAGCUUUGAUCAAUAUAAUGGUGAGUUUACUGAAAGAUGAUGCUCUUUUACGGUAUAGAUCAUGUAAUGUUAUCUUAUUAUAAUUUAUCAUAUUAUUUCUGAUUAGACCUUGUGUUAUCUUACAUGACACAAUUGAGUGAGUUUGGAAUGUAUGCUAUGCGGUAUAAUUGUUACUAUUUUUGUCAUUAUAUUUUCA